GUGUCAGUGGGGGGAAUAGUGCCCCAUCAUUGGUGUCAGUGGGGGGAAGAGUGCCCCAUCAUUGGUGUCAGUGGGGGGAGGAAUAGUGCCCCAUCCUUGGUGUCAGUGGGGGGGGAGGAAUAGUGCCCCAUCAU